GGUUGCUCAUGGUUCGAUCGCGUCAAGUGUAAAUUCAAUUUAACUUUUGAAAAACGUAAUGUUCUCUCUUUAAUGUUUAAUGACAAAAUAAGUUAAAAAUGGUAUAACAGCAAGUAGGUUCGUAUGUGAAGAAUAAAAAGAAUGCAAACAUGGGUCAAGAUUUGCUGUUAAGUUUUAAAAAUAUAACCUAACCAUGGAGUACGUGGGUGAACUAAUAACCCUUGGUAUUGAUAGUAUAAUCUUUGGUAUUUGCCUAAAACAGUACUUGUAUUGCAAAGAUGCUAUUGCUGCUGUAAAGAAAGCAGAUUUCUAUGAAAUAGGUACAUCUUUGGAAGAAGCUGUAAGUAAUUCUUCUAACAACAAAAUAGAAUAUGUAGCUAUCAGAGGUACAAUAAAGUCUUUGGGCAAACCACUACGUAGUAUUAACAGAAGAGAAAUAACUGGAGUUUUACAAAAACUUAGCAUCAAGGAACAUGUGGUCGCCAGAACUACAGCAGGCUUUUGGUCAAACCAAGAACACACAAUGCAAAAGAUAUAUAAUACAAUACCAUUUGUUUUACAAAAUGGCCGGUAUAAAGUAGAAGUCCUCGAUCCAUUGUCAGCAGAUAUUUUAGACAUGGAUGUAAUCGCGGAUUAUUUUGAACCUAAUAUACCUUCAUUCUCUGAUCAUUUAUGGGGUUUCUUCACAGGAGUACGUCAACGUGGCUUACAAAAUACGGAAGAAAUGCUCCGUGAAGGUGUUGUAAUGACAGGAAUCGGAGAAAUUUCAUCAAUAAACAAACAAAAUUUAACUCUACAACCUCCAACCGAUGGUUCUCCAUUUUACUUAACAACUAUGUCUAUUACUUCCUUAAUUAAAAAGCUAGAUGAACGCAAAAGAACAUACAAAUGGCUAUGCUUUAUAUUUGGUGCAAUCAUAUUGUUAAUUAGUGGAGUGGUAGCUCGGCGUUUUUGGAAAACUAGACAAGAAAGAAGAUUAGCAGAGCAAUUAAGAGAAAGUCUUGCUGCGUCUCGUAGACAAAGACGACAAUUCGUAAGAGAUUCGGAUCUUAGAGAAGACCAAUUGUGUGUAGUUUGUCGCACGAAUCCUCGAGAAAUUAUUUUAUUACCAUGUGGACAUGUAUGUUUGUGCGAAGAUUGUGCAGAAGGUAUCAUUAAUCAAUGCCCUAUUUGUAGAGAAAAAAUUGUCCAAAAAGCUGCGGCAUACAUAAUCUGAUUCUAAUUCUAAUGAGAAUUUAUUAUGGAGAAUAAAAAUAAUCUAACAAUAAAUGGAGAAUGGUAAAAGUCAGGUGAUACGAUUAAUAACAAGUAAUUAUGGAUUGAUUAUUAAUAUCUAUUAUGAAAAUAUUUAUUCUUUGAGAAAGAGUAACAAAAAAAACGUCGCAGCAGAGACCUGAAAAUAUAUUACAUAUUACAUAAACAUGUUAGACACGUGAGAACUACAUAAAAAGUCAUUUUGAAUAUCUAAAAAGUAAAAAAUUACACUUUGAAUGGAUCCUAAAAAUUGAUGCAAACGUUAACUUCGAAAUAUCAUGUACCUACUUCAACCUUUAUAACUCUCUUAUCAUAUGAGCGUCACUUAACUGUCGUACGUAUCCAUUCUGUUGUCUUAAUGGUAUAACCCAAUUUAUAACACUGGCAUAAACAAAUAUACAAUGCAUAUUGCUUACAUACAACCUGAAGAACAUAGUUUCAAGGUGAACGAAUGGAUUGAAAAACCGUACAAAAUAUAAUUUGGUAUGUUGUUUACUUUUGUCUUCUGAAGACAUUAAAUAAAAAAUGAUAAGACGUA